CUAUUUCUUCUCACGGAAAUUCCAUGCGUUAAACUGAUGCUAAUGUGCUACUUUUUCCAUGUUGUAUGAUAAAUUACUACAUUUUUCUGUCAAUCAGAAUAAAACGUGAUCACAAAAUUGAUUAAUGUGAGUAGAGUUGGAUAAAGAGAAAAAUGGGGAAAUAAAUUGUUGGAAUAGAUACUUUGUAUAGCCAAACGAGCUAAUUUUAUUUUUAAUGUUAAUUUUCGAUCGAGCCUCACUGUUGUUUUUUUUUUUGUUGAGACUUUUAGCCUCAUUUAUUUCUUAGUUGUUGCUUAAAUGCUUAAAGUUAAGUAAGCAAUUAUUUUCAAUUUUUAUUUGAGCUUCUCUAAUCUCGUCCCCAGCCUUAUCGUUUUAUGAUUGAAGAUUGGGUGGAAAUAAGUUAAUUUACGUAAAAAGUAUUUCAGUGUCUUUUUAAUAUAGGUUGACAAAAUUGCUGAAACUGUAGCAUAUACUUUUCUCUAGGGUCUUCACAAAGCGUAGAUGUGGGUUUCACUGGGAAUACCAUUGGUAAAAAGUUCAUCGCAUAUCUAAAAAAUGAUUAAUAUCGAUUUGCUCUUUAAGCUGUUCGGUUUAAUUUGGUACCGGUUUAAUUUGGUACAAGUGCUGAAAAUAUGAUAUAUUCUUGUUUUUUAGAGACUUCAGAUAACUUAGAUGGAGCUUCCACUGAAAGUAACAUAGUUGUACCUAAACAAAAUUCGAUUGUGAGGGAAGAUCGCAAAAAAAAACUUGAUUUAUACGAAGACAGUAGGAAAUACUGCAAACGCCUAAGAUCACUUAAGCCAAUCUCGUACAGAAAUACGUGUGAAGCAAGCUGCGAAGAAACGCCCUAUGAACCAGUACAGCAUACAACAGAGGAAAUUAUCAAAAUAAUCCCACGAAAAAAUUUUUCUUGGACGGAAAGUUUAAUUUCCAAAUUUGAUGCGUGCUUUGGAAAGUACGCACGCCGAGAAAUGGAAAACCCAAUGCCAUCGCGCCAAGAGAUGGAAGAGUUUGUCAAUACAAAUAGCUUAAAGAUCAGUUUUACUAAAAUACGAAACCGCAUCAACAACGAGCGGGCAAAACAUGAUGCCAUACGAGAGCAAAAUUUGAAGAAGCUGAAGUGUCAAUAG